AUGGCUGGCAGAACCCCAUCUAACGCAAGCCCUUUCUCUCCUGAGCUUCAGACCUUCGUGGUCACCAAAUAUGACCCGCUGCUCGCCAUCGUCAGAGAGCUGAAUGCCCGGCUCCAGGCAUCUGAAAAGGAGAGAAUGCGCUUGGAACGGCGCGUGCAGCGGCUGGAAGGCCAGGUGAUUUCGUUGAACGAUGCAGUCGAAACUGGAACGAAGCUGAAGCCUACCCCUGACCUUGAACCGGAAGGACAAGCAGGCAGACAUGCUGUCCAAGAACUGCUAGAGCCAGAGGAGGCGCUCGUUGCACCCUGGCUAUUUUCAUGUCAAAUCGGGACGCCAACCUCAGCAUUACAGGUCUUGUUGGAGUUUUCUCCAGACUCUACUCUUGAGGUUGAUUGCAAAAUGUGGAAACGCGAAGAGGACCUUUGGAUUUUGCUUCUCGAAGAGAUGCCUGAUGAGUUUGCAUUUAGGCGCCCCGACUCGCUGCAGCUUUUGGACUUGAGGCGAGCUGCGCGUCGUGCUCUGCUGGAACUAUGCAGAGGCGAGGCCUUAAUUCUCUUGAGAAACGUUCCUGGGCGUAGAGAGGCGCCGAACAAUCCGACAGCCAUUACCCUCGUUGCAAUUCUCGCUGCUGCCCUGUCGGAGGCCUGGAGUAGGGUUGAGGCGGCAGAGCCCGAGGCCUUAGGCCGAGUGGCACUCGUGCUGGACGGGAACGACAUUGGCUCACGGCUGAGGGCCGGCCGGAAGCGAUUCCGUAUUGAGCCCUUGAACUAA